AAUAGAGCAAAUAAUUCUAAUUCUAUUUUAUCUUUUCCAUUAUUUAAAAUUAAUACACAUCCACAACAUAACGUUGAAGUGCCCAAGAAUACAAUAAGUCAACAUGAUACAAUUAAAAAAAUUGAAGUAGCCAACAAAAAGAUAUUAGAAUAUGAAAGAAUGUAUCAAAUUUCAACAGAUAGCUUAUUUAAAAAAAUGCUAGAUUCAAACAUUCUUAAAGAAAGGUCAUUGAUUAAUGAACAAGAAGCACAUUUGAAAAAGCUUAAACAUCAUGCUGAAGCACAGGCAAAACUUGAGGCAAAAAAAGCAAGAUUGCUUUAA